CAGGGGCAUGUAGUUCUUACGUUUCCCUUCCCUAGGUCCUUCGCGCUUGUCUGUCCGGUCCCGCCUAUUCUCUGCUCCCCUAAACCUUUGCACUUGUCUUGACCAUUUGAAGAUCAGGAAGUUGAUAAAUCCUGAGGCCUGCUGCAGAGAGACGGUGGCUCAGAUAGGACAGUCGCCAGGAAUGGCGGAGCGUCAGAAUGGAGUGGGUGUUGGGGCUGCUUUCUUGGACGCUGAACAGAGCCCGGUGGCCCUUAGGCCUCUCUGAGCAGGGAGCUGCCCGGUGGCCCUUAGGCCUCUCUGAGCAGGGAGCUGCUCGGCGGCACCGGAUCAUGGAAGAGAAAGCGCUAGAGGUUUAUGAUUUGAUUCGAACUAUCCGGGAUCCAGAAAAGCCCAAUACUUUAGAAGAACUGGAAGUGGUAACAGAAAGUUGCGUGAAGGUUCAGAAGAUAAAUGAAGAAGACUAUCUGGUUAUUAUCAGGUUCACGCCAACAGUACCUCAUUGCUCUUUGGCAACUCUUAUUGGGCUAUGCUUAAGAGUAAAACUUCAGCGGUGUUUGCCAUUUAAGCACAAGUUGGAAAUCUACAUUUCUGAAGGAACUCACUCAACAGAAGAAGAUAAGGCAGGAUUUGGGAAAUGCAAAAGAGUUCCAAUUGUCAACAAGCAGAUAAAUGACAAAGAGCGAGUGGCAGCUGCAAUGGAGAACCCCAACUUACGGGAAAUUGUGGAACAGUGUGUCCUUGAACCUGACUAAUAGCUGUUGUAAUUACUGAACUGUAAUUAUUUGAUAGAUUUGUUUAAACUCUUUGUAAAAUGUAUGAGACUCAUGUUUAAUACAUAAAUGAUUUGUACCUCAAAGCAUUUUUAAAAGGAUUAUUUCCAAGCAAGUUAUAGUUAUAAAGUAGGACCUAAUUUGUUCAGUGAAUAACAUUCUCAGGAUUUAUAACACUUAAGUGAUCAGACAGAAAAAUAUUUUCUAGUUAUUAUGGUGUAAGAUGAGUUACUAUUUUUCUGAUGCCCAUUCUGAUACAACUACUUUUCAUGUCAAGUCUCUAUUGUGCCCAAAUGUAUUUGAUUUAAAUCAUUACUGUAAAAUAAAUAAAACAGAUGAUUCUUAUAA